CUCAUUUUAAAAACUUUUCCACCACACUACCUCCAACCAUAAACACACACUACCUCUUCAAAACCCCAUUCAUUCAUUCAUCUGCAACCAAAACCCUAAACCGCGCCAUGCACCCUCACUCCUCCUACACCUUCGAUUCCCUUUCCAAAUCGCAGGAACUAUCCUCGGCCAUCCAAUCCGCCAACAACCCUUCCCAAAUAGCAUCUGCCUGCGCCUCCAUCGACUCCUUCCUGCACUCUCACUCACCCGACCAAUCCCGCCAUUUCUUCUCCAUCGCCUUCCCAACCCUAAUCUCCAAGCUCUUCGGCUUUGACGACCCCUCUUCCGCCAAUGCCUGGAUCCACCACCGCCACUCCCACGACCUCGCCCCGACCCUCUUCUCCCUCCUCUCCCCCACCGGCACCCUAGCCUCCGCCAUCGCCGCUGUCGACCGCCUCUCCCUCGUCAAGUACGUCUUCCCCGCCGAACGACUCCCUCAAUGGACCCGCUCCCUCCUCCUUAACAAAAGUAACGCCUCCGAUUCUCGGCCCCUCUCCGAUCUCUGUCCCUCCCUUUUCAAGCCCUCCCCUUCUCCAUCUCAAAUCCAGCUCAACGUCUUCGAAUACUUCUUUUUCUGGUUCGCCUACUACCCCGUUUCCAAGGCUAAAAUCGACAAUCCCAAUGCCGCUUCGCUUAAACGUCCUAAGAAAUUUAUUAGGCUAGAGGAUUGGACUUGGACGUCCUCAUUUCCUUGUUUCUCCGCCUCCAAACCAUCCCUCGAGGGUAAACCUCAAUGCGAUUUGUACACGCGUCUCCUCUGCGAGUAUCUACGCGCUUUCGUCCCAUCCUACGAUCUCAACGCCCACCAGCCCUACCGGUCCUCCAUUCUCCACUACGGCUCCGGCUACGACGCCUCCGUUGUGUCACGGGCUGAGUUUGUGGUCAACACUCUUAUCCAUUUCUGGCUCGUGGACAACGACUUCUCGCCGUUGCCGGUUACUCUUUGCCGGGAUCUUGGGGUGUCUUUUCCGGUCGGGGAGGCGCCUCCCGCGCCGGGGCUGGGAGAGGUGGUGAGGCUGUUCGUGAGCUACUUAAGUUUGAGCACUGUGGCAGCGUUUAGCGAGGGUGGUGGUGAGUGUGGAAGUCCCAGGUGGAGGGCUGUGGAGGGUCCCAAGAGCAAGGAUUUGGGGUCUGUGCGGUCUCUUUGUUGCUGGAACUUCUGUGUGCAGAGGCCUCUGUAUAGGUUCUUGUUGAGGACGUUUUUGUUUUGCCCUAUGGCUGCUUCGGUUAAGAAUGUGUCGCAAGUGUUGUCGGUUUGGAUUGGUUACUUGGAGCCUUGGUCAAUGAACGGGGACGAGUUUUUGAAAUUUGAUGCAAUUAACGGUGAGAAUAAGGAUAAUCCCGUGCCUGCAAGUGUGGGUCGGGGAUUCUCGCAUCAGUGGCGGGACUACGUUCUCUCUAAUUAUCUAUACUACAGUUCCUUGGUCAUGCAUUUCAUUGGGUUCGCUCACAGGUUUCUUCAUAGCGAUGUUGAAGUUAUAGUCCAGAUGGUGCUCAAGGUGUUAGAUACCUUGACAUCAUCAAAAGAGCUCGUUGACCUUUUGAAGUCUGUGGAUUCCCUUUUCCAUUCUAAACAGGUUGGAUCAGGCAAACCGAUGUUGAAUAACUUGUACAGAUAUGUUCCUACUAUCCGUGAACAGUUGCAGGAUUGGGAGGAUGGUUUAUGCGAGACUGAUGCUGAUGGCUCUUUUUUGCAUGAGAAUUGGAACAAAGAUUUGCGACUGUUUGCAGAUGGGGAGGAUGGUGGACAACAGCUCCUUCAGUUGUUUAUAAUGCGUGCAGAAGCUGAAUUACAAGCUAUAUCUGGUGAUAAUAUUAUACCCAGCCUUCAGUGCAUAGAUUCAUUGAAGGCAAGACUGGGUAGCUUAUUUGAUGGAAAGACUAUAAAGUUAUCACCAGCCUGUCAUGAACCAGUGCCACAUCAGCAAUCUCGUUAUGACAUUUUUAAGCCUAGAAUAGCUGGUAAUCAUGUAUUUGCAGAUGUUAAAUACAAAGGUGACUGGAUGAGACGUCCCAUUUCCAAUGAUGAAAUUGCAUGGCUUGCAAAAGUGCUUAUUAGGUUGUCUGAUUGGUUGAAUAAGAAUCUUGGACUGAAUCAGGCAGAGAGCAGUCAAAUAAGCUCGCCAGUCUCUUAUGUGGAGUUAUCAGCUGAUAUUGCCCAUGUAUGUGGACCUUCGGAGGCUCUGAAGGUCUUCUUUUGUACCAUUGGUUCUUGGUUUCUCUUUUUCGGUGCCGCAUCUUUGGGUUUCAUGCGAAAAUAUGGCCUGAGGGUGAACCUAAGGAUUCUGGCAUCCAAGAAAGUAGUAAUGAUUUUUGUUUUGUAUGUUGUUUUUGGCAUAUUGAAGAAAUUCGUACGAGCAUUCCAUAACUCGUAUUGAAGAUAAUAGAUGAAUAUACUAAGUGUAUAGAGAUGUGAAAAGUACAAAGAAUUUUUUUUUUUUUUAAUCAAGUUAUUGUGCAUAAGGUA